AUGACAGGCCGAACCAUCUCCCGCGACGUGAUCAAAACCAAACCCAGGGUCUUUGUUACCUCAGACAUUGGCAAUGAGCCUGAUGACUCCGAGUCCCUUGUACGUUACUUGCUGUACUCCAACGAGUUCAGAACCGAAGGUCUUGUCGCAUGUACAUCCACCCAUCAACGAACAUCAACCCGACCCGAUCUCAUGCACGUCACUUUGCGCGCAUAUGCCCAAGUCGUCAAGACCCUGAACGCCCACACGCCCCCAGAAUACCCGUACCCCGACGCGAAAUCUCUCUUCAAUCUCGUCAAGACAGGACCCCCGGUUUACGGACGCGAGGCAUUAAAGCAAGACACUCCGUUGGCAGAGGGCACAAAGUUAUUAAUUAACGCCCUUGAUGCGUCGGAUGAGCCACUUUGGGUUCUAUGCUGGGGCGGGUCGAACGUCAUCGCGCAAGCCCUCCAACAUGUCAAGCAGUCCCGAUCAAAGGACAAGGUAGAUGAACUCACGUCCAAACUCCGCAUCUAUAUGAUCUCCGAUCAAGAUGACACAGGACCCUGGAUUAGACUUCACUUUCCACAUAUCUUCCUAAUCUGCUCAGUCCAUGGAUGGGGCCAGUACCGCACAUCCACCUGGUGGGGUAUCACCUGUCCUGAGAACGGAGUCGACAAAAGCCUGUUCUCCCUCGACUGGCUCAAGGAGAAUAUACAACUCGGUCCACUGGGCCGUACCUACCCGGAUCCCGCCUGGCAGAUCGAGGGCGAUACGCCGUCAUUCUUGUAUCUUAUUCCGAAUGGCCUUGGGUCCCCUGAAAAUCCAUCGUGGGGGAGCUGGGGUGGCCGAUAUGACCCCGUCGACCCGACGUUCCAGGUGAAUCACUAUGCGGACACAGUUGAUACCAUAUACAGGAAGGGUCAGAAGCACUGCAGUAAUUUUGCAACAGUCUGGCGUUGGGCGGAGGCCUUCCAGAACGAUUUCGCGGCACGGAUGCAGUGGAGUUUACACUCUGAUUUUGCGCAGGCGAACCAUGCACCAGUUGUCAUCGUGAAUGGGCAUAGGGAUAUCUCUGCCAGUCUCUAUCUUGAAGUUGAAGCGGGCCAGUUGGUUUCCCUCGACGCCUCAGAGAGUUAUGAUCCUGAUGGUGAUAAUUUGCGCUACAAUUGGUUUCACUACAAGGAGCCAACCAUGGCAGAGGGGGUAUGGGAUGUUCUUAUCCCGGUGAUGGAUAUUGUCAACGUCGACAGUGUCAUCAAUGGACGGAGGGUUGAGAUCAUGAUGCCGCCAGCUGAGAAAAGCGCGGUUGAUUUCAAGACUGGCAAGCCGCAGAAGAAGGGUCAUACCUAUCAUUUUAUCCUGGAGGUUACUGAUGAUGGGACACCAGCCUUGACGGUGUAUAAGCGGGUUGUGAUUCAGAUUCUGAAUAAGGAGUUGAGAGGCGCGCAGCCGCCGUGGCCUCUGAGAGCAGACUGGGAGCCAAAAUAG